AUGGAUGAGGCCGACUCCGACCUGGAUACCGGUAUGAUCGUCUCUGAUUCACCGACAAUGCCAAACCCGGCCGACUCGGCGGCCCAGCGGAUCUGGAUGGCAUGGCUCCAGCGUCAAACUGGCAGCAUCAGCGGCGGCGCCGGCGGCGGCGGUAAUCCAGGAGACAACCACGCACAGCAGCCAUGUCCAGCACAUGUUUCGACCGUCUUGAUCACCAAACAAGGCCAGUUGGGGAGGAUCAUGGAAGAAAUCCAGGUCCAGCUCCACUCGUCCAGAGCCAAAUCGGUCGGUAGGUCCGAGUAUUGGGCCGAGGCCGUCUACAACAAGCUCAAUGCUCGACUCUGCAGCUGGCACGAUUCCUUGCCCGGAGACAUGCGGUGGAACCGAUGGGGCUCGAACCUCGUCGAGGUCGACCCUAGUCUGGCUGCCUUACACGUGCUUUACCACACAGUCCGCAUCACUCUGAAUCGUCCUCUUCUCACCACCACCACAAGAGUGCGUCAGAGACGGACGGGGCCAGCUUCAAGUUCACACUCGGCCGCGUUCAACAUCUGCGACGCCUCGGUCGAGAUGAUUGUCGGCAUCAUCCGCCGGUUUGGCGCACAACACACCUUGAAAAACGCCCCCCUCGUCUUUGUCCACGGCGCCAUCACCUCGGUCGAUGCCACGAUUGCCAUGUUACCGGUAUCAGCGUUUGUGGAACAACAACAACAACAACAACAACAACAACAACAACAACACCAACAAGACAGCAGCAGCAGAGGAGGAGGAAUCCAAGACAGCUUGCUGCCCAUGUUGGAUGCCAUUCUUGGAGACCUUUCCCACGCAUGGGCCAUUGCCAGUGAGGCCAGGAUCCGGCUACAAGAAAUGAUGGACCAAAAACCACUGGUGGGAGCAGGAGGUGGUAGUUGCACUGGUACUUCCACUCCCACUACCACCACUACUACUGGCUCGACCGGCGGGUUGUCACCCGGCAUGUUUGAUCUUGUUCCCAUCACCACCGCCGAAUCUACUGGAGGACUGGCAGCAGCCGCCGCAGGGAUGCAGCAGCAACCAUAUCCAAGUACCAAAAUGUUUUUUGCCGGCAGUCCGACUGUCGUGCAAUGCCACCACCCCCAAAUUCUGGACCAGCUGGAAUAUCUCGAGGACAGUGCCACCAGUGGGUUCGGCUGCUUUGACGUGUCCAGUAGUGGUACUACCGGGUUGGCCUAUGAUGAGGACAUUCUAUACAUGUAG